AUGAGGAGAAACCUCUUCCUGCCCUUCUUGGCAGUGUUUCUGGCAGUGAGUCAUUGUUCCGCUGUCACCGCCGCCUCCUCCAGAAAUAAGAUCGUCUCGGUAGUUGGUAUCGGAGAAUGUACGGACUGCGCCUCCAGGAACAUCAACAGCGCCGAUGCUCUGAAAGGUUCUCUCUCUCUCUCUCUCUCUCUCUCUCGUGUCAUCUCUCUCUCCCCAUAAUGAUCCAACCCUACUCCAACAGGCCUGCGGGUGGCCAUCGGCUGCAAGGACGGGAAAGGCAAGUUCCAGUUGAGAGGCACCGGCAAGUUUGACAGGAACGGAAAGUUCACAGUCAAGCUCCCGAAUAAGCUACUUCGAGGAGACGGCGAGCUGCGAGAGGACUGCUUCGCUCAGCUUCAUGGCGGCCCCCGGAACUCUCCCUGCCGCCUGGCGGCCGCAAAGAUCACCCUCAAAUACAGAACCGGCCACAAGCACACCUUCUCCACCGCCAUGAAGCUCACCUUCUCCUCCUCCGAGACCUGCGCCUCUCUCACCAUGUGGAACUCACCUUUCCCCUGGUACAAACCCAUCCCCAAGUUCUACCCUCCAAGCACCCCUGAGUACGCCCCCGCGCCGCCAGUUUACACCGCCCCACCAGUCACGGUGGUCUCUCCGCCGGCUGUUCCAGUUUUCACCGCCCCACCCGUCACGGUGGUCUCUCCGCCGGCUGUUCCAGUUUACACCACCCCACCCGUCACGGUGGUAACUCCGCCGGCUACUCCGGUUUUCACCACCCCACCCGUCACGGUGGUCUCUCCGCCGGCUACUCCGGUUUUCACCACCCCACCCACCACGGUGACCUCGCCGCCGGUGACGGUGAGCACGCCACCGAUGACGGUGAGCACUCCGCCAGUCACUGUAAGCUUCCCGCCGGUGACGGUGAAUACUCCGCCGGUGACGGUGACCUCGCCGCCGGUGACGGUGACCUCGCCGCCGGUGACAGUGGUCUCGCCGCCGGUGGCGGUGACCACGCCGACUUACACUCCAGCGCCCACAGUCGUCACCACGCCGUCCACCGUUGACUUAAGCCCGCCCUACACGGGUUACACGCCGGCGCCGCCAGUCACCACUUCGCCGUCUACAUCCUUCCCCCCGUUCGUCAAGACCUUCCCGCCGUUGACAUUCUACAAGCCCUUCCCUCCCGCCGACGGCUGGCCUCCCUCUAGCACCAACAAGACCCCUGAAAACACAGUUAGCACCCCCAAACCCUAG